AAAACUAAUAAGUUUACGUCAUGCUUAAGAUUUAAAAAUUCAAACCAAGCGUUUUAUUCAUUUCAAAAGCAUUCGUUGCGUAUUUUUACGUAAAUGUAUUAUUUUUAUAACUCGACAUUUAUAACUUAUCGCUUAGAAAAGGAACGGCAAAAAUAUGCGACGUCACGUGCAAUAGACAGAUAAAACUAGUCAAGAUGGUGGCCAAGAGCAGGGGUCAGUUGUUGGCUAGAGUUAAUUUUCCAAUGUAUACUGUGCACAUUCUGACAGAAAGGCAUUUUCUGGUGGCCGGAGGAGGUGGACAAGCGAAAACUGGCAUACCAAACGUUAUAGAAAUUUACGAAUUGAUCAAUAACGGUUCUACUUGUCGCGCCGAAUCGGUGACGCAUUACGAGACCGGAAGUCAAGCCAUAAUGAACAGCGUGGUAUUUUUCAACGGGAAACAUCACGUGCUAGCGGCCGGAAUGGAAGGGACCUGUCAGAUCUAUCAGAUGAAAUACAAAAUCUUGGAUGCAGAUAAAGAUGGUGAGGUUCAAAAACCAAAGGUUAAAGAAGAAGAAACUGAAACUAAAAUGCGCGCACUUCGACGGAGGAGGACAAAUUCUGUCCAUUCCGAUAAUGAAACCGAGACGGCCGAAAAUAAAGAGAAGACUACAGACGAUCAAAAGAGCCCGAAAUCGGAAAAGAAAAGAAAGAGAUCUGACAGCACGUUUGAUUUUCUACCGACUAGGAUAGGUUUUGACAUAAAACCAAUUCAGAGCUUUCAGACCGAUUUUAACAAAAAAGAUGAGCCAUUCCAGAAACUAGUCAGAUUUAAUUCGGAAAAGAAACUGAUGGUUACCGCUGGUGCUGAUGGCCACAUCAGAAUUUGGAAAUAUCCAGAAUUAACAUUAACAAAUGAAAUUGAAGCUCAUAAAGAUGAAGUUGAUGAUAUUGAUGUAACUUAUCUUGGUAAUGAGCUUGUGAGUAUUUCAAGAGAUGGCCAUGGUUACGUAUGGGAUUUAGAAACUGGGAAAAAACUUCAUGACUUAACUUACGAGUUACCCAAUAAUGAUGAAAAAUAUGUAUUUAGAGGUAGCAGAUUUGGCAUCGUGGAAGGUAAGGUAGGCGACGUCCGUCUGUUCACUAUAAUCAAUCCGGCCAUCAGGAAGAAGCAGUCCGGUCCGUGCUAUUUAUUAAAGUGGAACACAAAAAGUUAUAAUGUGGAAAAGAUGGUGAAAACGGGUAUGGAUAUGUUGUCGGCUAUUGCCGUAAGCGAUGAUGGUAGAUUCAUUGGUGUCGGGACAUUGACCGGAAGUGUAAAUAUAUACAUAGCAUUCAGUUUGCAGAGGAUAUACCACGCGGAGAAAGCUCAUAACAUAUUUGUGACGGGCCUAGAAUUCCUCAAAUCCUGCGAAGAAAGCUCUCGGAUAACCGGCGGACAAGACACGUCUCUCAUCAGCAUAUCCGUAGACAACCACAUUAAUAUUCAUCAUAUUCCGAAGCAAGCCACGAUGGGAUUAUUCGGGAUAAUUGUCAUGUGUAUCUCUGUUGUAUUAUUUGUAUAUAUUCUUAUGGACUAUCUGAAUCUGUGAUUUUUGUUUCCACGUGUAAAAAUUCUUAAUUUUGAAAGUUUUAAUCGAAUAAUCGAAGGUUGAUUUCGGGAUAUUUUUAUUUCUGGUUCAAGUUAAUUUAUGUAUUUUAAAGAAAACUGGUAACAAGUAUGUAUAAAUAAUAUAUGCAUUUUUUUUAAUCUGUCAAAAGGGAAUACGCAGUAUUUUAUAUUUUGUUUUUCUUUUUAAAGUUGUUGUUAAGAGAAUUAUGUAAAUAGAGAAGUCGGACAUGAUCCGCUGUAUAUUUUAGACAUUGUAAAGUCAUUAAUCUCGAAAGUGACUUAAAUGAGAAGUUAGGAAUCUUCAAACUUUAUAAUGAAAUAGUAAAGGUUAAAACAUGGCUCAGUUUUUAUAAUAAAUUAAAGAUAUUUGAA